GUGAUCGGAUUAUACGAAGCGGAAAAAUCGAACGUUAGCACAAGUGUUCCGUUUUAGUGACAACAUGCGACAAAGUGCGCGCUUAUGCCAUAGAGUGAGUGUUAUAUUAUAGUGAAAUAUUAAAAUGGGUGGAACACAGUCAUACCCCGGUCUAACUCAAGACCUUCUUGAGGAUUACGCUGCACUGACUUAUUUGAGUAAAGGAGAAAUUGUUUAUUUAAUGAAGAAGUUCUACUCGAUAGAUCCGGAAAAGCUGAAGGCAAACCCGAACCAUCGGUUUAGUAAAGAAGAUAUUAUUAAGAAGUUUCACGUGUUAGAAAAUAAUCCUUUCCAAGAUCGCAUAUUCCGCGUGUUUUCAUCGCAGAGGGAUAACUGUUUCUCUUUCGAAGAUAUGCUGGACCUGUACUCGGCGGUGAGUUCCGACUGCCCUAGGGAAGUGAAAGCUGUUUGGGCGUUCAGAAUAUAUGAUAUAAACGAAGACAAUCAAAUUACAAAGAGUGAUAUCAUAGAAAUUCUGGACCGUUUGACUGGGCACCUCAACGAUCGCAAUGACGGCCUCGAAUCCCAAUCUAAAAUAAAGAUCGCUAAAUUGAUUUUAGAAGAACUUUCUCUAGACAACACCGGCAGCAUUGGACUAUCAGAAUUUAAAAUUAUGAUGGCCAGAAUACCGGAAUUCGCGAAUUCUUUUUAUUUUAGACUAUAACAAUAAAAGCUACGUAAGCAAG